CUUAUCUCGUAGAAAUCUUGAAAUGCAAAUAUUUAAACAGAUUAUGUUGACAUUUUUGCCGAACAGCAAUGUAUAAAAGGCGCUGUAAUUUAUUCGAACGGUAUCAAUCGACUUAAUUGUCGAGUCGAAGUAGCAUUAGCACAGGUGGACACGAUGAGAAUUAUUUUAGUUUGUUUAAUUUUGUGCACCGUUGCCUUGAAGGUAUACGCUGAGCCAGAUCCAUUCGCAGACCCAGAAGCUGAGCCAGAUGCCUUUGCUGAACCAGCUGCCCUUGCCAUUGCCGACGCUUUGGCUGAUCCACAGCGUUCAUCAUCAUCUUCAAGGAGUAAUGGUCGUGUGAUUUUGCGACUCCGUAAUAAGGCAAAGGCCAAACGCAAGAAGUGUGGCUGUUGCAAAACAUCCGGCUCCAGCUCCGGCUCCAGCUCCGGCUCCAGCUCCGGUUCCAGCUCCGGCUCCAGCUCCGGCUCCAGCUCUAGAAAGAAGUGUCCAAAGACGAAGAAAGUAUAUGUCAAAUACUGUCCUAUUCCGGUUGUGGUGCCAGUUGAAGGAGGAGGAAAUGCAGGAGGCAAUUCAGGCGGUAAUAACGGCCACUCUGGUAAUAACGGUGGCAACUCAGGUGGCAACUCAGGUGGUAGUGGUAAUAACGGUGGCAACUCAGGUGGUAAUGGUAAUAACGGUGGCAACUCAGGUGGUAAUGGUAAUAACGGUGGCAACUCAGGCGGUAGUGGUAAUAACGGUGGCAACUCAGGUGGCAACUCAGGUGGUAACAGUGGUGGUAAUGGAGGCAGUGCCACAUCAUCGACGUCAUCGACAGCAAGCACAAGCUCAACGAGUGCAAAUUCGGGUGGCGGUAGCGGUGGUUCAGCCACAUCAUCGACCUCUUCGACUUAAAUUCAACAUUCAUGACCAGACCACAUUCGAUUCAAUGGAUAAUCCUUGCACUUCAUAUUUUUGUUUAACGGACACGACAACCUAUACACUGCUCCUUAUUAAUUUAUGUAUUUAUUGUAAAAGGUUACUAGUAUAGAGUUUGCAUAUGUAUUACGA